CGCGACAACUAUCUUUUGAAGUAACACCAACAUCGCCAAAAUGCCGCCUCCCAACAACAACAACAACAAUCGUCCUGGCGGAAGGCUUGGAGGAUCCAGAUCUACUGGACGUCCUACCGAUCAGAAAUCCAACGAGCGCAACGAAUACAUUCCCAGCUUCAUUGCCAAAAAGCCCUUCUACAUCGACGACGCCACCGCCAGUGACUCCGAUUACCUCGAGCAUCAACGUUUACAGUCGGAAAAGAACCAUGACCCACUUGCGACAGCACAAUGGUAUGAUCGCGGAUUGACCAAAGGACCGGCGGCGACGAAGUAUCGCAAAGGCGCAUGUGAGAAUUGCGGGUCCAUGAGUCACAAGACCAAGGAUUGCCUGCAAAGGAAACGUAAGCUGGGCGCCAAGUGGACGGGGAAAGACAUUGCGGCGGAUGAAGUCAUCAAGGACGUCAAACUGGGAUGGGACGCAAAACGAGAUCGGUGGAAUGGAUUCGAGGCGGGCGAGUACCAAGAGGUGGUGGAUGAGUUUAAUGCGUUGGAGGAAUUGAAGAAAGCUGCAACGGGCGCGAAGAAGGGCACAGGAUCAAAUGAAGAUGAGGACGAGGACGGCGAAAAUGGCAAUGCGGAUGAAGGCGCCAAGUAUGAUGAGGAGACGGACAUGGGUCGCAAACAGGCAACAUCCACGCGCAACCUUCGAUUGCGUGAAGAUACAGCGAAAUAUCUCAUCAACCUCGAUCUCGACAGCGCCAAAUACGAUCCCAAGACCCGUUCCAUGGUCGCGCCACCAGAUGGCGACCCAAGCAAAAUCCUCGAGGGUGACGAAGACGGCUUCUACUCCAAGACCGCGGGCGAUGCGGGAGAAUUCGAGCGUGCGCAACAAUAUGCCUGGGAGACGCAAGAACGCGGCGACAAGAACAAAAUUCACAUCCAAGCCAAUCCGACCGAAGCUCUGAUCCUGCGCAAACGCAAGGCUGAAGAAGACCUCGCGCGUCAAGCCGCGCACAAAAAAGCCCUCACGGACAAAUACGGCUCGCAGGAGAAGAUGGGCAUCAAAACUCUGCGACCGGGCGCGGGCGACGGUGUGAACGUCGGCGACAUCACGAGCAAUGAGCGAUAUGUGGAAUACGACGAGCAUGGCCGUGUCAAAGGCCUCCCGGCUACCGAGCGAAAGGAGAAGAGCAUGUACGCCGAGGAUGUGUUCAUGAACAAUCACACUGCGGUGUGGGGAAGCUGGUGGAAGGAUUUUCAGUGGGGAUAUGCGUGCUGUCACAGCGUGUUGAAGAACAGCUUCUGUACGGGCGAAGCUGGGAAGGAGGCUGUCGCUGCGGCGGAGAAUUUCGGAAAGGGACUUAUGUUGGAGGAGCGUGUGGGAGGAAACGAAGAGCGACCGCCGGAGGACGAGGAAGGUCAAGUGGUCGCGGUGAGCCGGGAAGAUGCAUGGAAAGACGAAUCGCGGAGGGAGAAACACGUGCCUAACGGCGUUGAGCGUGACGGAAGCCUCAACUCCAAGAGCACCGCAGCUCGCGUAGAUCGCGAGGACCAGGACCAUGACGACGAAGAAGCUCGGAAACGCGCGAAGGAGUUGCGUGCGGCGGGAAUAUCCGAGGCUGAAAUGGAGAAAUAUCGACGCGAGCGGGUGGAUCGAAAUGAUCCUAUGGCUGGACUAUUGGGCAAGGAUGAACUGGUCGAUGUCUAGUUCCCCUUGCAUAUUCUCAUCUGCGCCUGCAUCAGCUGAACUUGGGAUUAUGAUCCCUGAAGAUCUUCGGUGACUUUGAGGAUUACUCCUCGGUGACAUUUCUGAGAAGGGAUGGACGCGUGGAGAUUGGAGGAUCUUCGCAUCCUCGUUCUGCCAUGCAUUGUUAAUCUCUCUAUUCCUACCUGUCUAUCAUGCAGACAGGGUAGAUCUACUGUAUAUUGUGUCUACGGCUGACGAAGCGCUCGGAGGCCAAUUUUCGUAUCGAAAGUAUUGCAUUUACCAAUGAG